AUGGAGAGAUUGACAUUAGUGCUCUUAAUUGGGGCCCUUAUACGGUUUGUAUUACCUACAAGUUUACCGAGUUUGCCGCUAGAUUUAUCAUCGUCCAUAGAAAUAGCGACCCCAUUAACUUCGUUCAAAUCGCUAAAAGAAGCAUUCUACUACUUACAACAUAAUAUUGAUCUAUACGACGGCGGAGUCAAUCAUCAUCCACCGUUAUUAGUUAUUUUGCUUAAUCUUAUUGAUGAAUACUUGCCGAAGAGAUUAGGUGAUAUCGUAUUCAAUGGGUUGUACACGGGAGUAGACUUGAUGAUUGCAUCUCGAUUGAUCCACGUAAAUAAAUGGUACAACAAACACAUGUCGCAGAGAACCGGGAGGUCUAUACAAGGCUUCAGUGAUGAUAUGAUAGCAGCAUUUUAUUUGUUCAAUCCGCUCUUGAUAUUGACGAACAUCUCGCAUUCGACGUUGUGCUUCACAUUUUUGGCCAUCACCGAGUCGUUGUACCAGCUAGUGAUCGACAGAAACGUUGCCAGGUCGGUGAUAAGUAUGGCAAUUGCCAGUUACCUUUCAUUCCGUCCCAUUUUUUUGAUUAUCCCCCUUUUGGGAUUGGCCCACUCGCUUGACAGCGACUGGCAAACUGUGUAUGCCCACGGAAUCGCCUUGUUUUCGUCGGCGUGUGGGAUAUUGGUAUUGACGUCCUCGGUUAUGACAGAAUCGUUCCAAUUCCUCGACCUGUGCUACGGAAUUGUUAUCAAAUUUAACAAAAUCACUCCCAACCUCGGUUUAUGGUGGUAUAUCUUCACCGAAAUGUUCGAUUUCUUCACCCCGUUCUACGUGGGGGUGUUCAACCUCUUCUCGGUGAUUUUCGUUAUCCCCUUCACCUUGAGGCUCUUCGAAUUCAACCACAAGUCCGGCAAGCCUACUGGAGAUGCGUUUUUGGCCGUGGUCACGUCUUACUUGUGGCUUUCAUUCACAAAAUCCUACCCGUCAGUCGGAGACCUCGCCUUUGCUUUGUCGCUUAUUCCAAUCUUCAAGGACACGAUUAUUCCCCAUUGCAAGUACCAUUUCCUAACGGCCCUUGUUCUCUUGGUGGCCUUGCUCUUGUCCCCCAUUUUCUACUACUGUUGGAUCGUCUUGGGCACCGGUAAUUCCAACUUCUUCUACAGCAUCAAUUUGGUCUGGGGUGUGGUCCACGGCUUGAUUCUCACCGAUUUGGUUUGGGGCAAGUUGAACUACGACUACAUCGAACUCAACGACAUCCCCGCCGACGAAGUUUCCAAGUUGAGACUCACCCAAAUCUGA